GAGAGAAGCUGGUUAUUUUUAUGUUAUCGCUGGAUAUGGGCACUAUUUUUUAUAGCUGUCUUUUUAGCCUGUGUAAUUUUACAAUUUUGCGAUGGCAAAUAUUUUAUUUUCUUAACAAAUUGGGGCAUUAUACUGUGUUCUCUAACACAACUAUUGGCUGCUAUUCUAGUGACACGUUGGCACUUUGAUUUGGGUUCCGUGAGAUCGGAUCUGUGUGAAGGUCAUGGUAGAACGGGGAAGUCCCCGUUACUUAUUAAAUUAUACUGGUUGUUACAUGAUGUUGCAUUGCCUUUGGCGCUGGUAAUUACAACUAUCUAUUGGACAUUUUUGCAUGGGAAAAUGAAUAAACCCUCACGAUUUCCGAUCAUUAGUUUCGUAACACACUGCCUUAAUUCCGUGUUUAUGCUGGUGGAUUUUUUGAUUGUUGCAUUUCCGGUGCGGCUGCUGCACACCCUCUAUGCCAUGCUGUUGCCCAUAAUUUUCUGUUUCUUUACGUUAAUUUAUUUUUUCUGUGGCGGUACUGAUGAGUAUGGGAAUCAUUAUGUUUAUCCGCUAUUGGAUUGGACAAUACCCGUCCGUGGUGUAGAGACAUUUGUUGGCGUUUUCGGUUUAUAUUGUAUUUAUUCGAUUCUACUGUUUGUGGUCUACAAAUUAAGACGUUUCUUACAUCGUACAAUGAGUGUUGUCUGGUCACCUCAUUGUGUUGGUUUAAUUUGAUCAUCAUUAUUCUCUCGGUUAGUGUCAUCAUGAUUAUCAUCGAACAUCAUAUUUAUAAUUAUCUUCAUUGUUUUGUCAUUAUCAAAUUUUUAAAAAAUACUUGCCACAUAUUUUAUUAUAAUUUGUACAAGCACCUACAUACAUAUUUAACUUGUUGUUAAGUUAUUUUUUACACCAUUUCCAUUUGCAGCAAAAGAAAAGAUUCUGUUUACGAACGAAAUGCUUUCAAUAUUCUUUUGAAUAUCAAUAAAUAAUGUGUGCAAAUACAUUUUAUGUCUGAGAAUUUAUUUUAAAAUUUCCCCAUUGGAAAUGGUGUAUUUUAAUAUUAUUAUUAUUUUACUUUAAUAUCUCAUUUUGUCAAAUCAUUUAUACACAUUUAUUUAAUU